AUGGGUGACGUCGUCGGAAGUUGGCAAGUUGCACUUUCAGAUGGUGUGCAUAAAGUAGAAUUCGAACACGGUACAACAUCAGGUAAACGUAUAAUUCGCGUCGACAAUAAAGAAGUUCUUCGUCAUGAUUGGCUUUUUAAACUUGUUGGUAAAGAAACUUUUAAAAUUGGUAAACAUCAGUGUACUAUCAAUAUUGAUGCUGUUAGCGGGUUUGCUUAUGAAUAUUCACUUGAUGUUGAUGGAAAACCAUUAGAAAAAUUUAGUGAAAACCGCUCGAAAAUCAGUCGAACGUGGACAUUAAAACUUGCUGGAAUAGACUAUCGUGUUGUCUUAGAAAAAGAUACACUUGAUCUAUGGAUUAAUGGCCAACGUGUUGAAACUGAAGCUGAAUUUACGGAUGAAGGCACUCAAACAAUUUUUGAUAUUGCGGGUCAUCCAGCUAUUUUAAAAGCUGUUUCUUCUGGUAGGCGUAACAGUGGGCUUUAUCAUGCUUUAUUGGUUGAUGGAUGUGAAAUACCACCGGCAAGCGAAAAAGAAAACCCAUAA